AUGCCCAGGUAUAGCUGGCAGCUCCGGUUGUCGGUCCGCAAUAGCGCGACGCUGAUGUUGUUGCUGCUCAAUGCGCACCCAGGCUUCGACGUUCCGCCGCUCGAUGAUGAUCUCCCGGACGUGUUCUACCGAAGGAUUUAUUCCUCUUCUUCCGUCCUCCUCUUCGCGGGAGGCGAAGGCACUCCAUCGGCCAUCAUCUCCAAGACCUGCGCCGAAGCAUCCAACUCCACCACGUUCGUGCACUACGACUUCUGUGUCGGCGUGCUGAUAGCAGACCCGGCAGCGGCGGCUGCCAAUAGCACCCGCGUGCUGGCCAUCAUUGCCACGAAGCUUGUGGUGGAUAACAUCACAUCGACGGUGUUGGUGCUGGAGGACCUCAUGUACAACAUCGCAGGGUGCCUGGGAAACUACGGCGAGAUCAACCACACAGUGAAGACGGCGGUAGACGAAAUCCACGCCGGGCGCACGGAGGCGGCUGCCGGUAAGUUGUCUGGUGCUGCCGGUAAGCCGGGCAAGUGUGACUCGUCCUUCUCCAAGAGGAGCGCCAAGAAGAACCCUAUGAGUAAGGAGAACCAGGACGCCGGAUCCCUGUCCUACAUGGCGUACGGCAUCACCAUGGAGGCGCUACAAGGCAAAUUCCUCGCCACUGCGGACGCGUCAUCAGCGACCAUAACAAAGGCGUGCGCCGGGCUGUCUAACUUCACCACACAUGUGGAUUAUGAUUUCUGUGUGCUUGCGCUCGCGGCAGACUUGGCGGCCGGCGUCGCGAAGGAUGCCCGCGCGCUGGCCGUUGUCGCGGCAAACCUGGCCGUAGCCAACGUCUCGGCAACGCUGCUCGUGCUCGACGACCUCCACGAGAGCCUCACUGCGUGCCUGAGUGCCUACAAGUGGAUGGCCAACAUGCUCGUGACCGCGGCAUGCAACAUCCACGCGGGUCACGCCCAGACGGCAUCUGGCUUGCUCAGCAUUGCUGUUGGUGAUCCUGAGUUGUGCGACAUGCGAUUGUUCAUGGGGAGCGCCAAGAAGAACCCGAUGACGAAGGAGAACAAUGAUGCCAUUUCCCUGUCUUACUUGGCAGCCGCUAUCGCCGACAGGCUGUAUGCCAGCUGAGUCCAAAAAUUAAGUUUGAUUCUCCUUCAAUAAUAUCAUGGUUUUGU